GCGAACCUCCGAUCUUUCACAUCUGAAGGAUUUCCAUCCGUCCAUCGUUCUUUUGUCAACCUCUGAUACGCACUGGACGGUGAUGACCGCCGACGAGGCGGGAAGAUUUGAGGAGGCGCUUGAAGGGGAAGAAGAAGCCACCGAAGAAGAGGGCGACGCCGACGAAGAAACGUCGAAGGAAGGAUGUUAUAGUGAGUACCACAAAGGGGAGCAGAGUGAAGAAGAAGAGGAGGAAGCCGGAUCGGAUUGGGAGGCUUUGUCGGAAGAAGUAGCGCGCACAGGCACGGAGGCGGAAGAUCCAGAGGCAGCACGUAGAAGGGAAGAGAUCGCCGCCGGAAAAAGCCAGCUGGAGUUCGCCAGUGAGGCGAACCUGCGCAUCGACGACGACCCGACCAGGGAUCCAGAGCCUCCCAAGCCCAAAGAUGGCGGCCCAGCAACCACGGCUCUGAACGCAUCGCGACGGAGACGGAGCCGAUCCCCCUCCCCAUCCUCCGCACCAGCCCGUCCCCCAGUUCGUCUACGUACUGAUGCGGGGGAUCGACCUUCGUCCCCGGUCAUUAUCCCGCCAGCACACGGAGAUCUGAUGAACCAUGAUGGUGCCACCUGGACGAUCUCCGAAGUUCGAAGGACAGGGGGUUGCAUAUUACAGGACUAUAGGAAACGGGAUCCGAAACAGCACGAGCCGACAUGCUUCACAAGGAUCUUGCCACGGAUGUUGUCCCUGGUUCCAGUGCCGCCGCAAGCGAACAGGUCUGAUGCAAAACGUCGGGACCUGCAAGAGUCGGCCCCCCCCUCUCCCGCAUUCACGAAGGAUCGCAUGCGACAGGAGCAUUCUCCGCCACAUGCGCCAAAUAAAAAGUCAUGCGAACAAGGGAGCGAAGGACAACCUCAGAAGAACACCGGACAUGUGAAGAGGAGGAGAACCAUUGAGAAAGAAUGGGAAGAGAAGGUGACAAUCGAUCUGAGGGGAUCCGAAGGUGUCGAGGGUGCUAAGGGCGAAAAACGAGAUGUGUCACGGAACGCAGCAGUUAAGGACCACAAGACCGACAGUGAAGAAUAUGAUGAGACAGAGGACGGUGAAGGAGGUAACACGGACACAUUGAACGAAGAACAAGCGUAUGGAGAAGAUGAGAGCAACGAAGAGGAGGACAGUCACAAUGGGUAUAACAACACAGAGGAUGAUGAUGACGAGGAUGAUGAUGACGAAGAACCAUCCCAAAGCAGUAGGAGGGAAUAAAGGCGUAGCGAGGACAAUAGAAAAAAGACGUAUCGAAAAACGCAAGGAGGAACAAGUGAUAAAGGCAGGGAGGAAAG